AUACAAAUGUUGUUUGACUUGUCGAGAUUUUUUGGUAGGUACCUAAGAGUUGUAGAGGAGCUUGAAAGAGUUGAUUUGGAGAUCCUAUCAAGGGAAGAAAAGCUUGCCUUUUUCAUAAACCUAUAUAACAUGAUGGUUAUUCAUGCCAUAUCUAUAUAUGGUUUCCCUGUUGGACCCUUGGAUAGGAAAAAGUUUUUAGGAGAUUUCAAGUAUGUUAUAGGCGGAUGCUCCUACUCCUUAUCUGCUAUACAGAAUGGUGUUCUACGAGGCAACCAACGGCCUCCAUACAACCUCACCAAGCCUUUUGGUCCUAAAGACAAACGUUCCAAGGUGGCUCUUCCCUACCCAGAACCGUUGGUACACUUUGCAUUGGUAUCUGGCACCUGUUCUGGGCCUGCUCUGAGGUGUUAUUCACCCAACGACAUAGACAAAGAACUUGUUGAGGCU